AAUAUCAAACAAAAUAGUUCUCAGAAUUUAAUUAUGUGCGUCUGAACUUAAACAUAUUUUUUUCUAUGAUGUAAACAAAGUGUUAUCAAUUAUCAAAACACAAUUUUUGCGCUAAUAUGACUCACUAAUGUUUUAUACAGGAUUCAGUGUAAUCGUGUGACGGUGAGAGAGACUUCCAGUAUUUGUUUUAUACGGUUUGUUUCUACAUGGUGAACUGUCACAAUGGCAUACCCCAGCCAACCACCUGCACCCCCGACAAUGGGCUCUGCAAACACAGUGUUCAAUACUCAGGUGCGAUUUGAUCCAUCGUACCUGAAGACUUCAUCGGGCAUCAUCAAAGUUGUUCUUGUUGUGUUCAGCUUUAUUGCCUUCGUCUGCGUCCAAGCGUCGGCGUUCUGGUCGAACGGUCGCGGCGUGUUCUUCAACUUCGUAGCCGCCCUCGCGUUCCUCUACUCGGGCGGCAUGCUGCUGCUGUACAUGUUCCACGUGGUGGAGAAGUACCACAAUGUGAAGUGGCUUAAGAUCGAAAUGAUCGUGUCUGUGAUAUUCGUGUUUCUGUACCUGAUUGUGUCGACCAUUGCUGUCGCUUUCGGUUCGCCGGCAUUCUCUGCUGCUGGGUUCUUCGGAUACUUGUCAAUGGCUCUGUAUGGAUUCGAUGCGUUCAUAAAGGCGAAAGCGUUGAAAGCAGGCCAACUCGCUCAAGGUCACCAAACGGUCAGCAAGCAAGUCCACAUGGUGACGCCACCAGCGCUACCAUAACAGGAAACCGAGGAUCGAUGGUAGACAACAUCAUCGAUCAGUUAUAGCGUCCCAUGUGUAUGGUAGGUAUCCUAGAAAUCGAACCAUUUAUUUUUGUGCCCUCAAAAAGUUAUAACUACAUUUUUGGUAGUUAUGAUCAUGAAAGGAUUGCUCAUUCGUUAGUUAGAAAUAUAAAAUCUUCUAUUAUGUAAUCCUAUUGUUGAUAGUUC